AUGGGGGGGUGGGGGUGGGGUAUGGGGGGGGGGGUUAUGUUGUGGGGUUUGGGUUGUUGUUGGGGUUAUGAUUGGGGGUGGGUGGUUGUUUUGGGGGGUAUAGGGGGGGGUGGUUUAGGGGGGUAUUUGUGGUGGGGGGGGUGGUGGGUGGGUGUGUUUGGGGGGGGGGGGGGGGGGGGGGAAGGGGGUUAUGGAUUUUGGAGUGUUUGUAGUAUGGGAAAUGUGUGUUGGGGGGGUAUUGGGGGGGGGGGGUGUGGUUUUUGGGUUGUGGUUGGGGUGGGGGGGGGUUUUGGUGGUGUAUGGGUGAGGGGUUUGGUGGGUUGGUGUUGGGUUGUGGAGGGGUUGGUUGGGGGUUGUGGAGUGUGGGGGGGUGGGGGGUGGGGGGGUUGGGGGGGGGAGGUAGUGGGGUUUUUGGGGGUGGUUGGGGGGGGAUGGGGUGGGGGGGGGGUUUUUGGGGGUGGGAGGUUGUUGGGUGGGUGGGGGGGGUUGUGGAAGGUUGGGGGGGGGGGUGGGGGUUGGAUAGGUUGGGGGAAGGGGGAGUAUGAGUUUAGUUUUGUUAGGGGGGGGGUGGGGUGUGGGGGUUAUGGGGGGAUGUGGGGGGAGGGGUUGGGUGUUGGGUGUUGUGGGGGUAGGUGGGUGUUAGGUGGGUGGGUAGAUUUAUGGGGGUGGGUGUGUGGUAGUGUGGGGUGGUGGUGGGGGUGGGGUGGUGGGGGGGGGGGGGUGGGGUGUUUGGUAGGGGGGUGGGGUGGGGGGGGGGGUUUGGGGGGAGGGGGUGUGUGGGGUGGGGUUGGGUUGGGGGGAGAUGGGGGGGUGUUUGGAUUGGGUGAUGUGGUUAGUGGUAAUGGGUUUGUGGUGUUGGGGGGGGGUUGGGGGGGUGUUUGGGGGUUUGAGGGGGGGGGUGGUGGUGUGGUGUGGGGUGGGUGGGGGUGGGGGGGGGGGGUGGAUGGGGGGGGGGGGAUUGGGUGGGGGAUGGGGGGGGGGGGGUGGGGGGUAGUGUGUGUGGUGGGGGGUGGUGUUGUUUUUUGGGGGAUUUUUGGUUUUUGUGGGGGGUGGGGGGGGUUUUUUUGGGUGUUGGGGUGGGUGGGGUGGGGUGUUAUGGUUUUGGGGGGGGUUUUGGGGGGGUGUGUUGGGGGGGUGGGGUUGUAUGAAGGGUACGUGGGGCUCCGCUGUGGGAUCUUACACUUCACAUGA